UUGAUUGCGAGAGACAAACCUAUGAGUACAUAGUGCUUUUAAUCCACAGUACUUUUGUCAGCAUCACUUCCUUUGAUGAACAGCUCAGUGUCAAAGGACGAAUUUAGUAGUACUAGGAGAAUAUCACUGUCGGCUGUGGGGCGACGAUGCUUGCUUAAGUACAGUGGCAGCGCCAGACUCUUCUGCUCGCGCACUUUACCACCAUGCCGUGGCAUCGGCAGGACGCGAGCGCGCUGGCCAUGGAGCUCCUGCCGGACAGCAUCCCCGCGGUGUCCGUGGCCGCCGCGGCCGCCGCGCUGUACGCGCGCGCGGCGUCGUCCCUCCUCCGGCCCGGGCUCCCGCGCCUCGCCGCGCUGCUCCCGGUGCUCGCGCUCCUCGCCGCCGCGCCGCUGGCCUUUGCCUCCUCCGCCAUCGUCCGGGGCGUCGCCGCCUUCUUCCUCGCCUGGCUCGGCGCCUUCAAGGUCGCGCUCCUCGCCGCCGGCCGCGGCCCGCUCGACACCGCCCUCCCCGUGCUCCCGUUCCUCUUCACCGCCCUGCUCCCCGUCAAGCUCCGCCGCGGCGGCGAUGGAGGUUCCGGAGCCAAGUCAGUUUCGCUCGUCUCCUGCGCGGUCAAGGUCGCCAUCAUGGCCGCCCUCGUGGGCCUCUACCGGCUCAACGCCCGGCUGCACCUCUACGCGCGCCUGGCGCUGUACAGCGUCCACACCUACUGCUUCCUCGACCUGCUCCUCCCCUGCGUCGCCGCCGCCGCGGCCGCGCUGGGCAUGGAGACGGAGCCGCAGUUCGACCGGCCGUACCUGGCCUCCUCGCUGCGGGACUUCUGGGGCCGGCGGUGGAACCUCAUGGUGCCGGCCAUCCUCCGGCCGUCGGUGUACGACCCCGUGCGCGCCCGCGCGGGGGGCGCCGCGGGCGUGCUGGCCUCGUUUGCGGUGUCCGGGGCGAUGCACGAGGCCAUGGUGUGCUACCUCAGCCUGCGGUGGCCUCCCGGCGGCGGGAUGGCCGCCUUCUUCGCCCUCCACGGCGCCUGCUGCGUCGCCGAGGGGUGGUGCGCGCGGCGGUGGGCGGCGAGGAGGCCGCCGCGCGCCGUGGCGACGGUGGGUGUGGGGCUGUUCGUGGCGGGCACGUCGUUCUGGCUCUUCUUCCCGGCGCUGCUCAAGGACGGCGUCGAGGAGAGGUUCCUGGAGGAGUGGGCUGCCGUGGCGGCCUUCUUCCUCGACGCCGGCGGGAAGAUUCCGUACGUCGCUGUACGGUGAACGGAGUAGCUAGCCAUAGUAAUUGCUUCCAUGAAAGCAGUCAAAUCAUCACCAAGUGAACUUCUCUGAUGGUUCAGUGAAAACGAAACGAAAAGCGCCGUUGACAGUUAAGAGAUAGCAGUUAGAAGUUGGAUGAAACAGUUUGAAUUUUUUCGAUUUGUUAAAAAGGCGCCCGAAUAUCAGUCAAAUAGUAGUCCAUCACGGCUAAGAAACUGAUAACAGAAAUAGGGAAUGCAAAUGCUCAAGUCAAUCUUUGUCUUCUAUUUCUUUUCACGAGUACACAAAGUCUGCGUAUCACUCCGUUGAUUUUUUUCUUCGAAAAAGGGCGCUUUAUAUUACUUAAAAGAUUUAAGCAUUAGUAUCACUCCAUUGAUAGAAGAAGAAAGAACUACAUGAUACAACACAUGUCAUGAACGUAAGAAGAACUGGACAUGAUGCCCAGAGCAAAAAGAUGUGGGAUGCUCGGCCCAAAGCAAAGCAAAACAACACGGCAAAACUCGCCUAGCCCUAAGAGACGACCCAAACGAUGUCUUUGGUUUUUGCAUAAAUAUCUCGACAGGUUUGCAUUC